GAUAUUUUCGUUUACUCAGGCCAUGCCCAUUGUGGCAUACGUUUCUGUUUGGAGGAAAAGGCCAAUUUAGGUUUCGUUUUCGUUUCUUGCUGUGUUUCUUUUACAGAUAUGUCAUAUGGUCUCGUUCAUCGCUUUCAGAACGCACUGACUCCUAGGGCGCAGACUGACCGUCCCGUGUUCCAUCAAGAUGAGCUGAUUAUGGAUACGUUUAGACGGUGAUAAUAACACAUUUACAAUGUUUUCGUGGGGAGAGAACACCCGUGAUGGCUUCGGUUUAGUGAAAUCGAAGGAUUUGGUAAAGGCGAACACGGACGGUUGCGUAAAUUUCAUACACCUGAAAUCUCCAGUUACGCGUCUUUCUGCAGGUAAUAAAGUGGUCGCGUUCAUCAGAAAUAAUGGGAAACAAGUGUCCCUCGCUCGGAUGCAAGAUGACAAAGAUGGGAGAAGGAUCACAGGAAAACUGAAGGGUGUGGAGUGCAGGGAGAAGAUUCUGGCUCUGAGUUGCUGUGAUGCACAUAUUAUUUUACUGUCUGAAGAGGGCAGAGUUUUCUGCCUCACCCAAUCAUCCAAUGUUCCCAGCCCAGUGGGUAACUUGAAUCACGUAAUUCAAGUUGCAUGUGGAGACCAGCAUUCCAUUGCGCUAACUCAAGACAGACCUGCUCCAGCUCCUGUUGAUUGCCUGCAUCUAAAGAAGACCAUUACUGUUUCCUGUGGAGGGGAGCAUACUGCUGUUCUGACAAAGGGAGGUUUAGUGUUCACAUUUGGCUCGGGUCGAUAUGGACAGCUUGGACACAACUCUCUCAGAAAUGAACUACGACCUCGACUGGUGGCCGAAUUCUGGGGGGCAAAGGUGACCCAGAUAGCCUGUGGAAGAAACCACACAUUGGCGUUUGUGGGCUCCUUCAAAAAUAUCUACUCAUUUGGGCAUGGAGAGCAAGGGCAGCUGGGAAAUGGAGUCAAGAUGGAUCAGUCUGUGCCUCUGCCAGUACACCUACCACAGGACCACAUUGAUGACCAGCAAAUUGAACAAACCUUUGCUGGAGGAAACCAUUCUUUGCCUUGUGCAGCACUACUCAAGAAUCAGGAAAAGGGUUGAAUGACUCCAAUCGCGGAAAAGUGACUCAAACAUUAGAUGAUGACAUCAUUAACAGAUGGAUCUCGGACUGUGACUCAAAAUCAUGGAAGACGAUACAGAAGGAAAUCACAAAAACAUUCUCUUCUGCAUCAUGUUUAAAUGGGAGCUUCUUGGACAAAAGCCGUGACAAACAUUAUCAAACCUCACUGAAGCGCUCUGGCCUGGACUUGUCAUUCGCCCGACUGGCUUUUCAAAAGCUGGC